GAGCGACGAUGAAGCUCCCGGCUCUAGCCCUGGCCCUGGCGGCGGCGCUGCCUGCCCUGGCCGCCGCCCACUCCUGGAUCGUCUGUACGGACUACCUGGAGAACAACGGCUGGUACUGGGACGAGGCCAAGUGUCGGGCCUGGCCGAGGUCUGCCGCACGUUACAACCUUCGGAACGGUCAGUUCGGGACACAGAACGAGUACGCGCAUCGCCUGGACAACCACCCCGAGACAAACCCCCUGUGCGAGACCGCGAGAAACGACGACACCGAGUACACAGACAGUACCCCCAUGGCGGCGUACUACCUGGGACAGAAGGUCGUCCUACCACAUCCAACUAACGGGCACGUGGCAGAUGUCCGAUGUAAGGAUAAGAACGUCAAGGAUAUUGAGAACCUGAUGUUUGUAGUGGACGGAGACCAGGACCCCUGCUGUAUCGACUCGGACAAACUCAUCCAAAUUUUCGACAUGGGACGGUCACCAUAUGGUCGCCACACGUUUGUUUGGAAGUGGAUUCGAACGCCUACAGUCAACCCCUUCACCACGUGUUGGGAGGCUGACGUGUUCGCCACUAAAGCGGAGAGGGACGCGCACUACCUGGCCACGGGGCGCACCACUGUUGACAUGUGGGAUUUCUACGAGAUCAACAACAUUGUUGACGGAGAGAUCGUGGAUCCAGUAGAUCCUCCCGUGAACGAGAUCAUCACGGGCUGAUCAAGACGUGAUCUGGAUCAUCACGGUGGAUCCAGUAAUUGACAGUAGCCAGAAACUAUUAAAGAACUGUUAAAAGCUCCUUCCUGUGUAAUGACCAGUGCUAUGAGGAGGGUGUAAUGUUAUAGUAUACAUGUAUAUCUUAAGCUUUGUUGGGCAGA